AUGUCAAAUUAUAUUUCAGGCAAGUGCAAAGGUAUCACUAUUACUGCUUACGCUGCCGGUCAUACCAUCGGAGGGACCAUAUGGAAGAUCAAAAAAGAUAACGAAGAGAUCGUGUACGCAGUUGAUUACAAUCACAAGAAAGAGAGGCAUUUAGAUGGCACUGUUUUACACAUAAACGGUGUCGUCUUGGACGCAUUGAGUAGACCUUCAUUGAUGAUUACAGAUGCUUACAAUUCUUUAAUAAUUCACCCCGCACGAAAACAUCGAGAUGCUGCAUUAUUUGGUAACAACAAUAAUAAUGAUGAUAUCCCCCCUACGAUAAAGAAUAUUCUUAUUCACCCCGAGAUCAAAUUCUCACCCGAUAACAUAUUAGAGACGAUUAUGAGUACUCUUGGAAAUAAUGGAUGCGUUCUGCUACCGACGGAUUCAUCAGCCCGCGUCCUGGAAUUAGCUUAUCUUUUGGAUCAGCACUGGACGUUCCAUCAAGUAUCUUAUCCGCUUAUUCUACUGACCCAUCAAAGUUAUCGAACAAUACAGUUCGCUAAGAGUAUGCUAGAAUGGAUGAGUGAUGCUAUUAAUAGACAAUUUGAUAGUAAAAGAGAAAAUCCAUUUGAAUUUAGGUACUUACGUCUAUGUCACCGGUAUAAAGACCUUUCCAAAUAUCCUGGGCCUAAAGUUGUGCUCGCCAGUAACCUUAGUCUGGAGACGGGUUAUGCGCGAGAUUUAUUACUUGAAUGGGGAACAUCGGAAUCCAAUGCGCUCAUCCUGACUGAUCGUGGACCACCAAAUUCAUUAGCAAGGAGAUUAUAUUAUGAAUGGGACAACCUCAGUGUAUCCAGUAACAAUCCGAUAAAGCCAGUUGUUGGGUUAAAUAUAACAAUGAAUCUUUUGAUUAGAAAGAAGGUUCCAUUGGAGGGAACAGAGUUAUUGGAUUAUAAAUCCGAACAGCGUAAAAAGCAGGAACGUGAAGCAGCUCAGGCGGCACUUAUAGCGAAAAGCAAAUCAAUAAUAGAAGACGACGAGUCGGACGAAUCAGAAUCAGAAAUAGGAGACACAGAUAUAGAAGAGUUACUUUCAACUCAAUUCGAUCUUUACGUACGCGAUGCUACAAAAUAUGGUGGAUUUUUUAAGCAAACCCAAAGUUACCUGAUGUUCCCAUAUGUGGAGAAAAGAAAAAGAUAUGAUGAUUAUGGAGAGAUUAUACAAGUUGAUCAGUUUGCAAGGAGAAUCGUUGACGGCGGCAGAGAUGGUGACAUUAAUGGGGAUAAAGUGGAUCUGAAUAGUGAUAAAGAUGAGGCUGAAAAGGACGAUCCUUCGAACCCUUCUUCAGAAUCCAAUGUUCCAACUAAAUAUGUCUCCUACAGUCAAAACAUCAACUUUCGAUGUCAAAUAAGAUUCAUCGAUUUGGAAGGAACCAAUGAUGGAAGAUCUCUAAAAACGAUUGUACCUCAAGUGCAGCCCAGGAAACUGCUUGAAGAUUAUGACAUUGCUUUCGUGAAUGGAAAAAUCUCAUUUCCACCAGACUCAUCAUUACCCAUGUUGGAUGUAGUGCCAAUAGAGGAAUCAAACUCUGGAAAUCAUAAUCCUGUAUUUGUUGGCGAGGUCAAAUUAACAGAAUUGAAACGCGUGUUACAGUCGGAAGGCAUUGUCGCGGAAUUUAAGGGCGAGGGAGUGCUGGUUUGUAAUGAAAAAGUAGCUGUGCGGAAGUCGUCGGCAGGUCAAUUAAUUUUAGAGGGUUCAUUAUCAGAAGACUAUUACAAGAUUAGAUCCAUAAUAUAUGCACAACACGCUAUUUUGUAA